UACUGAAUACUAUUCCAAUGAGGAGCCUACUAGUUGUGUGGCUUUUAUGGAGUUUGUUAAUAGUUUUAGAAUGGGGAGGCCAUGAAUGUUGUGUGAAAGAGGAAAAAAUGGCUUUGCUUUACAUCAAAGCAUUUUUUAUGAACAUUAACAAUGGUACACCUGCUGCAGGUCAUACUCUACCGACAUGGGUUGACAAGGGAGAUGAUUGUUGUACAUGGGAGAGGGUAAGUUGCAAUCCCACAACAGGUCGUGUAACGGACCUCACACUAAACCAUCUGGUAUAUCCAAUUGUGUAUGGUUAUGAUAAAGAGGUGGUCGAAUAUAGUUUCAAUGUGUCCCUAUUUAGUCCUUUUGAAGAGUUGGUAAAUUUGGAGUUACGUGAAAAUUGUUUUCGUGAUUGUUUUCCUAACCAUGGUUUUGAUAAGUUAAUCCAUUUGAAGAGGUUGGAGACUUUGAAUCUUGGAUCUAAUUCUUUUUUUCAAGAUUCAAACACCCUGAGGUCUAUUGGUCGCCUCACAACACUCAGAUCGUUGAAUCUUAGUGACAAUUUUCAAGUAUAUUUUUAUAACAGUCUUCCUCUUCAAGACUUAUCUAAUUUGACAAAUUUGCGAGUGUUGGAUCUUAAAGCUAACAAGUUCGAUGACUGGCUCACAGAUCUUGAUUUUACAUUGUUCAAGAAUUUAAAGGUCCUGGACUUGAGUGAGAACGAUUUCGAAGGGAGCAUUCCUCCCACUAUCGGAAACUUGUCUGCUCUUGUUGCAUUGUCAUUGGCACGCAAUCAGCUCAAUGGAACUUUGUCUGAUCAAGGAUUUUGUAAACUAAAAAAUAUUGAGGAGUUGUACCUUAAUACUAAUAACUUCGAAGGAGUCCUUCCUCCCUGCUUCGGUAACUUGAGCUCCCUUAGAGUUUUAGACCUUUCUGAAAACCUAUUCAAAGGAGAGAUUUCAUUUAUUUUCCCCAACCUCAAAUCCUUGGAAUCCAUCAUCCUUCUCAAUAAUAAUUUUGAGGGCAAAUUCUCUUUUAGCUUGUUAGCCAAUCACUCGAAACUCAAGUUGGUUGAGAUAGACAACAAUGGUAACUUAGCUGUGGAAACUGAAGAUUCAAAUUGGACAAUCCCCAAAUUUCAGUUGGAAGUCUUAGUAUUAGCAAGUUGUAACCUUAAUCAACAGAGCGGCAAGGUUCCAACUUUUCUUAAAUAUCAAAGCAUGCUUAGGGAACUUGACCUCUCUCAUAACAAUAUGAGAGGAGGUUUCCCUACGUGGGUUAUUAAGAACAAUUCAGAUCUUCAUGUUCUAAUGCUAAGAAACAACUCUCUCACAGGGCAGUUGCAUCUACCACUGCAUCUUAAUACUAGUAUUGUUGAGAUGGAUGUAUCUGACAAUCAAAUAAACGGAAAGCUUCAAGAGAAUUUUGGGUUUAUACUUCCACAAAUUGUUUACCUAAAUCUAUCCAAAAACCACUUCAUAGAAUUUGUUCCAUCCUCUUUUUGCAAUAUGAGUCAAUUAGUUUUUCUUGAUUUGUCGAACAACUAUUUCACUGGGGAAAUUGCCAAGGAAAUGGUUUCAAGAUGCCUCAAUUAUUUGGCAGUAUUGAUACUAUCAGCUAAUGGAUUUCAUGGAGAAAUACUCUCAAGCCAUUUCAACAUGACCAAUUUGCAGGUAUUGAAAUUGGAGGAUAACAUAUUUUCAGGACCUAUGUCAAUCUCAAUCAGUAGAAGUCAACCCUUACAGGUCUUAGAUGCAAGCAACAAUCAAUUUUUAGGUGAACUAGACAGCUGGAUAAGUAACCUUACAUAUUUACGAGCUGUUAUCAUUCGAAAUAACUCUCUCCAAGGUCAAUUACCGUGCGGAAUUACUGCUGAUUUUCUUCUUGAUGUCUCUCACAAUUCCCUUUCAGGACCAUUGCCCUCAUGUCCAUUUAAUGUUCAACAUCUACUUAUCCAAUCAAACAGAUUUAGUGGAUCAAUACCUGAAACUCUAUUCAAUUCAUCAACUUUAUUGUCAUUGGAUAUCAAAGGUAACGAUUUUUCGGGCAAUCUUCCUUCUUCUAUAAUUGGUGCAGAAGACUUGAGGGUUCUUUUAUUAGGUGGCAAUCAAUUGAGUGGCUUAUUUCCAAAUCAAUUGUGUAGGUUACGAAACCUAAACUUGAUUGAUCUUUCAAAUAACCACUUAUAUGGUCCAAUACCUCGAUGCAUCAACAAUAUUAUAUUUGGAAAAUCAACAGGCAACGAUGUUGAUUUUUCCAAUAAUGAUUACUCAAUUUAUCCAAUCAACACAUUUACCACUACGUAUGGAAAGUUUUUACCCAACGAGUAUGUGGUAUUCUUGGAUCCUUUGUUGUAUUCUGAAUUGGUGAUAAUAGACUUUGUUACGAAGAGAAUCUUGAACUCUUAUGAAGGUGGCAUCCUCAACCAAAUGUCUGGAUUAGAUUUGUCAUUCAACAACUUUACAGGCAAAAUCCCUUGUGAAUUAGGUGAACUCAAAUGGAUUCAUACAUUGAAUUUGUCUCAUAACCACAUUGAAGGUUUUAUUCCCAAAACUUUUUCGGGACUAAGACAAUUAGAGAGUUUAGAUUUGUCUUACAACAAUUUAAUUGGAAAUGUUCCCACAGAGUUGAUGAAUCUUAAUUUUCUAGCAGUUUUUUCUGUGGCACACAACAACUUAUCAGGCAGACUUCCCGAUAUGAAAGGACAAUUUGGGACUUUUGACAAAAGUAGCUAUGAAGGAAAUCCAUAUCUUUGUGGUGCUCCUCUAGCUAAUAAUUGUAGCCAAAUGAGUGAAUCACCCAGAUUUCCCGCAACAACCUCACAGUUAACAAGUGAAAUAAGGUGGUACGAAGUGGAUAUGUUUGUUUUAAGGGUAGCUUUUAUCGUAUCUUAUAUUAUUUUUUUUCUAGGAGUAAUUAUUUCAUUAUAUGUUAACCCUUCUUGGCGUAUAAGGUGGUUUAAGUUUUUGGAUAAUUUCUAUUAUUUAUGCUACUAUAAGUUUUGUAUGUAGUAAAUAAUAAGUUUUGUAUGUAAUAAAUUUUGGAUUUUAGUGGUUUGGUCA